UCCGGUCACGUUCCUGGCUGACAGCCGGCUGUCCCGGAGAGCGCUGAAGUGAAUCCACUGGUCCAGUCCCGGGGAUAGCAGCAGCAGCAGCGGAGCAGCAGCAGCGGCGGCGGCAGCGCACCGACACCUGCAGUAUAGGAUGUAAAGGGAAUUCCCACUCUUCAAACUGAUUAUUCAUCGAUCUGGAGGAGAACAUCGUCAGUGCUGGGAAAGACGAGGAAAAUGAGCCCGUUGCGGGGUGGAGGGCACGGUUGCUAUGAAUGAAGGAGCGCUGCGGAGUCAAUGGAGACCGAAGGCUAUCGUGACCUCCUGGAGACCAGCGAUGGUCAGGGUGUGGACCUGCUGGACGGAGGGGUGGAGGUGGGUGUGGAGGAGAGCUGGAGCACACCGUACCCUCUGGGCUUCCAGGUGUCGCUGACCACCGUGCUGAUGCUGGAGCUGGUGCUGGGCUUCAGCAGUAACCUCACCGUCCUCGUGCUCUACUGUGCCCAGUCCAACCUGGUGGAUUCGGUCAGCAACCUGGUCACAGUCAACCUCCAUGUGCUGGACAUUCUGGUCUGUGUGCUGUGUCUGCCGCUGACCGUGGCUGUCAUUCUGCUCCCGGCCAGCGGGAGUGAGCUGAACAGUUUAGCCACGUUGUGCUGCUUUCACGAAGCCUGCGUGACGUUCACCAGUGUGGCAACUGCGGUCAACGUCCUCGUGAUCAGUUUGGACCGAUAUGACAUUUCCGUGCGUCCCGCUAGUCGGCUGCUGACCCCCAGGCGGGCUGCUCUGCUCCUGGCAGCGGUGUGGGUCGUGUCUCUGGCCGUCUUUUUUUUGCCCUUUCUGGAGGGGGACUUCUUCUCCAGAGCUGACGAUGGUGACGAUGAGGAGGCAGAAAGUCACAGCAGGGAGCCUGAACUCACCACCAGUCUCACCCCAAUCUUUUCCUCUCUUUCUCCCUCCUUGUUACCCUCCACCCCCUCCUCCUCUCCACCUCACCACCUGCCUCCUGUUUGGCAGAACAGAACGCUGCUGUGUGUUGGAGGGCAGGGGUAUUACACCGGCAUGGCUAUGUACUACCAUCUGUUACUCCAAGUACCCUGCUUCUUCAUCGCCGUGGCCGUCAUGUUGUUCACCUACUCCAGGAUCCUACAGGCUCUCAACAUCCGCAUCGGCUCUCACAUGAUGAGGGGAGCGCGCACCAAGGACUCCACCUGCAGGAUACGCUGCAGAAGGCGGAAAAGGAAGGAUCUGAGCCUGCGGAUGUCUGACAGCGGGGCCACCAUCACCACCGUGAGCACCGCCGCCACCACCCCGAUCGCCACCACUCCGGCCACCCCCGCUUCGCCAACACACAUCCCCGUCCCGGCCUCCACGCAGACCCACGCCACCUCGCCCCUGCCUGCGUCCUCGAUGGGAGUCCAGGCCUCAGUUUCGGCCAUCAUCGCUCUGAGGCGUGCGGUCCGUAGACACCGAGAUCGACGGGAACGUCAGCGCCGCGUCCUGAAAAUGUCCCUUCUCAUCAUAUCGACGUUCCUGGGGUGUUGGGCUCCUCUGUCUGCCGUCAACGUUCUCAUCCUGUGCCUGGGCCCCAGUGACGGACUGGUGCGGCUCCGCCUCUGCUUCCUGGCCAUGGCCUACGGAACUACUAUCUUUCAUCCUCUGCUGUACGCCUUCACCAGGCAGAAGCUGCGCAGAGCCCUGAAAACACGCGUUAAGAAAAGGGUGGUUUCACUGCUGCAGGUGGACCCGGCCGCCAGCGCGGGCACCGUUAUCCAUAACUCCUGGGUGGAGGGGGGAGGCCAGAGGAAGAAUCGCAAGACACGGGUGGAGGCCAGCGACGGCACCGAUCGAUGCCUCACCGAGGCCGUGAGAGAAUGAUGCUGGGUCUCAGCAGCCAGGCCCCCCCCCACACACUCCCACCUCCUCUCGUGUGUGUGUGUGUGUGUGCGUGUGUUUACAGAAUUGUAUUUUACCAAUUUGUUAAGGUGUGAGAGGAAAAAAAAAAGAGCCAGUUUGUUUACAAAGGUCAGGACAAAUCAAAUGACCCCCAGGUCCAUGCAGAUGUCCAGAGAGCCCUCGUUAGAGUCCACUCUUUACUCUGUCGACGCACACCCUCAUUAGUCUUCUCUCCGACCGCUACGGCGGCCGCUGGAUUCUACAGAAAAAAAACAAAACAAAACAAAAAAAAAACCACCAGGCGUCAGGACAGAACCACUGAUAACUGAACCAGCACGACACACUCCUGAUAAAACUCCUGCUGCACUUUGACCUCACAUGUCCAUAUGCACAGAGAUGUACAGUAUGUCCAAACACGCACUGUACAUGCACACACACACACACACACACUUCACCCCCUGGUGUACUGUAUAUUUAAUGAAAGCACACCAAUAAUCUACCUGAACCGAUCAUUUCUGUAGGAAAAUAUUUAAAUAUUUCUAACGUAGGUAUAAAAAUCCGACGGUUUCCCUCCUCUUCUCCAUGCCUUAAUUAAUGAUCAGUUAUCAAUAUAUUCUCCUGGUGCUGGACGUCCUGAUGUCUGUUUACAACCAUGUAUCAGAGUGACAGUGUUUGCACACACCUUUUACACACAAACUAUAGCAGAAUAUCAGCAGGUAAACAUUUAGAUACAACGUUUACAGGAUCAGAAGAAACGAGCAGCAAAAA